CAAGAACAGAGGAAGAGCGUCCUUCUGCAGCUGGGGCUAAAUUUUGAGGACUGAAAGCCCUGAAAAACCUAUUGAAGAGAUGGCCUCAACUGUACAGGAAACCCCAAAAGAGGCCGAAGCAGAAUCCACCUUCGAUAACUUCACUGAUUGGAUUGGUGACCGCGUCGAUGACAUGAAAGAAGCCGUAUCAGACGCUGCCGAGAAUAUCAAGGAGAGCUAUGAAAGCGCCAAAGAGAAUGUUUCAGAUGCCGCUGGUGAUGCCAAGGAGGCAAUAUCUGACAAAGUUGAUGACGCAAAGGAAGCAUUAUCAGACGCAGCAGAAAGUGUUAGGGACGGAUUUGAUGAUGUCAAAGAAAAGGUGUCGGAUGCCGCUGGUGAUGCCAAGGAGGCAAUAUCUGACAAAGUUGAUGACGCCAAGGAAGCAUUAUCGGACGCUGCUGAUAAUUUGAAGGAGGGUUUUGACAAUGUCAAAGAAAAGUUUUCCGAAUCUGUUGAGAAAGAUGAUGACGAUGACAAGAAAGCAGCAGGAGACGCGGAUGAAACCGCGUCUGAAGGCGGUGACAAUGUUACUGGGACGUUGUCGGACUGGAAGAAUCAUGCUGAAGAAUUCUUCGCUGACCUCUUUGGCAGUGACGAAUUGGAGGAGAAAAAGGAGACUCAAUUUGAGCAACCAGAUACAUCAGCACCAUCGGUGGCAGCUGGCUUCUUCAACAGACUGAACCAAGCCCUGAACAAGACCGAAUCCCUCUUUGUGCUGCGGGCCCAAGCAGCUGCAAAGGCGCCAGAAGAUGGUGACAUGCACCGCACUGGAGGUUUUGGUUUCGCUGAGAUCCUUGACUGCCCUGACCUUCCCAAAAACAACUUCUUCCGCAAAGGUCGGAUGUUCAGGGUCAACGUUUGCCACGGGAAUCUUCUGGAGACUGAUGAUGCUUCCGCUGACAUCAGGAUGGCUUUUCUUAAACUUCAAGACCCCGAUGAUAAUGAAACGCUUGAUUUGGUGAUGCAGACGGGAAAUCAGAACAUGUUUUACAACUUGGAGACGUAUGGACAGUUUGUUGAGGCCGUUGGUGAAGGUCGACUGAAAGCAUGGGCCAUGAGUUCACCAGCCAAUUUCUCCAGUUUGGUUUCGGCUUUGAGGCGCUGCCCAGAAAGUUACGGCAAGUUGACCUACUACUGUCACGCUACGUAUAAGAUGAUGUCAGAGGAAAAUGAGGUCAGCUUGAUCAGAUUUAGAUACGUUCCAGAGAAAGAGGAUGGAGAAACAUCAAGGCUGACGAAAAAGGACCAAAGUGAACCAUGGAAAACCUGGCGAGCACCAGGAAACGUCAAGAAUGUUAACUAUCUCCGGAAAAAAUUCAAGUAUGACGUCAUGAGGGAUGAAGUAAGGUACAACCUCCAGGUCCAAGUCAGUACUUCCCUAGACACAGAAAUGGAGGAUCUCUACAACACUGCGAUCGAAUGGGACCUUCCCUGGCUGAACAUCGGAUAUGUAGUCAUCACUACACCCCUCACUCACCUGGCCGCAUCCCAGGUAGACUACGACGUCAAAAACCUGCCGGAGAGUGUUUGGCUUCCUAGCCCGAUUUCCAUUGUUGACUUCAAGUCCUAUCCAUCUGCUCUGAGCCAAUUCUGCGAAGCUUCUAAUAAAUACAAUGCUAAACAUCCACCAAAGGCUGACGAACCUGUUGUUUAUGUGAUUGUGGUCAAGAUGGCCGAUGUUGACGGUGCUGGAAGCGAUGCCGAUGUUUUCAUCACUCUCUACGGGCAAUCUGGCAAAACGACGCCGAAGAAACUCGGACGAACCUUCACCAACGAGUUUGAGAGAGGGACUCUCGACACCUACCACUUUUCAGCAGAGAACGUCGGAGCUCCACUGGCAAUCCAAAUCAACCUAAAAAGGAAGUGGUACAAUGUCACGGCAUCGCUGGCCAACAUGAAGUUGGACUUUGUUCAGGUGCUCAACACUGCUCAGCAGUCUUCGUCGUAUUUCCCGUACUUCAACUGGAUCACUGAGGAGGCUAUUAUUCCUGAUUGCUCAGGUAAGUGA